AUGGGCAAAAAAACUUCAAAAAAGACAGAUUUCCUUUUUUCGGCAGUUGCUGUAGCACUGCGAUUAGCUGCGGGAGGGUUAAGAGUCGUAAUAGAAGUGGACAGUAUGAAACUGGUUCUACAAUUCAUGGAAACUAUUUAUUUGAUUUUAAAUGUCAUUCUAUUGAUAAUUAUGGGAAUACGAUCGAAGAUGGGAAAAUUGAAAAUCAAUCAAUAUAUCGUUUGUCGAGUUGUCAAUUCUCUUAUAUUGAUUGCAAGUUUCAAUAUAUCUCUCCUCUUCUUCGUCUCCAAACAACUACUCUUUCCAACCGUCGAGAAUCCUGAGGAUAUCAUCGAAUCAGAAGUGUAUACAUUCAACUUCUACUAUCUCUCCUUCUUCUGGAUUAUCUCUGUUUAUAUCUGUUAUUCUCUACCAGUACAGAGAUUAGUGAUAAGACAAGACACGCCAACGGAGAGAGUACAAGUAGUCACAGUGCUGACAAUUGUGAAACCAUAG